AUGGCACCCAAACGAUUGGCAGAUAUCGCCGCCCCCGCUCCCGAGGUCGUGGCCGAACCAGUAGCCGAGGUCAAGAAGGAGUCGGCCAAGCAGCGCGCCAGGAUCGACAAAGGCCUCGCAGAGACUCGCGUCGAGAGCGUGACCGUCGAUGGACUGGUACGUUCCCACCACUGGAAGCCUACGGUGGACUAUUGGACAUGCAGGACGAUGCAAAGAAUGAGGCUGUCUGCGAUGCGGUGCUUGGGUUACCGUGGGCUGGCUCAGCGUCGUCGUGCUGGCGGCUUCGUGCAUGCGCGACCACCGCUGCACGCUGUCCGCGAAGCUGUUGGCGUGAGCGGUGCGAGACGACACUCGUCACGCGCACAGACACACCAGCACGUGCCCAGUCCGAACCUCUUGCAUCACCUCCACCCGUCUAGACGAUCCAGAUCUGUUGGACUGGGUUUCCAGAUUGCUGACACCCAUGCUCCAUUGUACAACUCCUGCGCUCGUCCCGCACCCUGCCCACGUCACAGACCUUGAUGAAGAUCAUCAAGCACGCCCGAGAGGCCCACCAGGUCAUCCCCGCUCCCCAGGGUACCUCGAACGCGACCGUUACCUUCUCCCCCGCGGUCGGCCAAUUGCUCGGCAUCGAUUCCGAAGGCUCGCUCCGGGUCAGCAACGCGUUCGCCCUUCCCGCAGGUGCGCUCGGUGGUUCUUCGUCCGACUCGGAGGGUGAGAACCGGGGUUUAAAAGCUGGUCAGUACGAAGGGCUUCUUCUUGGUGGAAUCUCCCGGGGUACUUAAUCAAAUUACUCGACGUUGGCUACUCUCAGCGAGCAAGUACUCGGCGGCCGUGCUCAGCCGAAUGAUUGAUCUCAACGCCGACGGAUCGAUCGUCGGGUUCUACACCUCGACCAACAACGGUCAGACCCUCGCCAUCUCCGGCUUCGUCGAGGCCCUCAUUGGCGCCCAAAUGUCCGGUGGUGGUGUGGGUUCUGGUCUCGGCAAGGCGACCCCCGUCGGACGUGCCGCCGCGACCAAGACGAACCUCGUACCGGGUCAGGGUGCCAAGAACGGCAAGGGAAUCGCUUUGGUCUACGGUGAGACGCUUUUGAGUAAGCCGAUUGAUUCCAUUUCCGGAGGCUGAUCUUUGUGAACCGCAAUUGCCAACAGAUGUCGCGAGUGCCGCACAGGGUCACGUUGGCUUGAAGGCUUACCGAUUAUCCGCUGCUUUCGUCGAGGCAUACCGAGCGGGCAAAUUCGACACACAGAGGUGAGCAGUACAAGAGUCUACCCGGAGUCGAUCGUUCAAAAUCCUGACCAUUCAUCUCUCCAGCCUCAUCGACCACAAGCUGGUGCCUUCCAACAUCCUCGAAGAGGUACCCGUGACUGUGCACUCUUCGUCGCUCUUGACCGCCUUCCUAUCGACUCUCGUGACUCCUUCCUCCUCCUCAACGAGCGGCGCAAGUCAAUCGUCCUCCGUGCCGCUGGACCCCCUGUCGACCUACUCGCAACUGUCACUGCCGACCUCUUCGACCUCGUCGAACCCUUCGCCUCUGACGACACCUCUGACCGCUUUACUCUCGGCCCUCGAAACGCACCAAGCGCACCUCUCCACGCUCUCCUUCCAAUCCCGUCAACUAGGACGCGAUCGCGCGCGCCUCGAAUCGAACCCUGCCGUCGUGCGUCGUCGAAUCGAGAACGAACAACGCGCGAAGGAAGGUUUACCCCCUUUGGCUUUGUUACCGGAGGAAUUGGCCUUGCAGGAACCGAGUAGGUUGGAAACGAUGUGCGCUUUGAACGCCGUACAGGGCGCGGCGAAGGCUUUGAAUCAGGCGACCGGAACUGGAUUGGUUAGGAGUUAUGGCGCCAAGGCGGGAACGGUGGGUUGA